ACAUCAUGGAUCUUCCUCUGACAGCAGCCCUGCUCAUGGACUGGACCAGCUCAAUGGUUUCACACUCCGUCUGUUGACCAGUAGCACCAGCGAUGUCUGUGAGCUCGCUCCUGCGGUGCAGCCUCAGGCUGGAGAGGAAACACGUGACCACUCGUUUAGUCCAGCAGAGAGCUCUGUCAGGGGCAGAUACUGUCAACGCACUCAGACCUUUUUACUUUGCUGUCCAUCCAGACUUCUUUGGUCAACAUCCCAGGGAACGGGAAGUGAAUGAGAACUCAUUAAAGAGACUUAAUGGCUAUUUGGAAAACCUGCAGAAGCAUGGCUCACGCUCACUUCAGCCGAUGAAGCUCACCUUUUAUGUCAGGGACACGAAAGACAACAGUGAUAUGCAGCCAGACCUCCUCGUCCCAGGGUUCCGGUCAGUGAGUUUCACCCUUCACACACACGAUGUCUUGAGCACAGUGAUCAAUGUGUUAAAGUCCUGCAGCCUGUCCGUGGAGCACAUGAAAGGCCUGAGAGCAAGUGCAGAGACGUCUAAAAAUCCACGUGAGGCAGGUGUGCCUUUCUAUAGACCCAUCAAAUGGAAUAAGAGCUACUACAUCUUCACUGGUUUCAGGGACCCUGAGCAGGAGCUGCAGCAGGCCAGGAAAAUUGAGCCUUCACUCAGCUUGUGGCUGAGAAACAAUGAGCCUGAAGCAACGAAGAAGCACAGUGCUAGUCUUCCUCGGAGAGAGGAGCUGAACAGACUGAAGAGGGAGCUGUGUCACAGAUUUGAUCUGGCUGAUAUCAGGUGGCAGCGCAGCUGGGGAGUGGCCCACAGAUGCUGUCAGCUUCAGAGUCUGAGCCGUCUGUCACAGCAGAGCCCGGAGGCCCUGGUCCACCUGCAAGGACACACUGUUAUGUUUGCUGACCAGUCGGGGAUGAACGCCUCUGGACACAUUAUGCUGGGAACCAUGGAUGUUCAUAAUCAGUGGACCAAAAUGUUUCAGCAGCUGUCCAGCUAUCGUAGCCUGCAGCAGCAGACAGACUGGCUGAAGGAGAGGAUCAGCCUCCUGCUGGGUGGUGCUCAGGUGGUCCACAUGGAGAGACUGGGACCAGUUCAGCCUAUCUCUGAGCAUUACAGCACCCUCAGCACCUUUCAUAAGAGCCUGAUGUCUGGACACCUUCGCCUGCACCCCAGAAGUCUGCAGGGGCUCAACAUGUCACUGGCAAAUGACCGUUCUAGCCUUAGUCUUCAUGAGAUGGGGCAGUUCAUCAUCCCAACCAACUGUGACCCUCCCAAGCUGCAGGUCUUCCUCCAAAGCCACGCCCCCGAGGCCAGAAUGCGCACCCAUCGCACAAAACAGCUGCAGGCAGAGGAGGAUGCUGUGGUGAAGCAGUGUCUCCAGAGUCUGUCUCUGAGGAGUCUGUCCAAGGAGCCCAGUGUCAGUUCCAGUCAAAUGAUCCUGUGCUGUAAAAGGCUGCUGGAGCAGCGCUCCCCCCUCAUGCAGGGCCUACACAUCUGUGUCUCUCACUUCUACUCGGUCAUGCAGGACGGGGACCUGUGUCUUCCCUGGGACUGGAAGAGCUGAGCUAGAGAGACACAGUCCCAGCUGCAGGAUAUCACUCAGUCCAGAGUUGGAAAGACACGUUUCAGCAGUUUGGUGUUGUUUAGGCAACAAAUACACUCUGUAUCAGGACUGUUUGUUAGAUAUCAGGUCACAACAGAUGUCAUAUCUGAUGGUUCUGAUGGUUCAUGGGAAAACUCAAGUUUCAUUCAAGCUGGACCCUGUGGGCUUGUCCAAUAAAAAGCACUUUAUCCUCCUGCUGGAAAAGCCCAACAGGAAAAUCGGGUUGGUCAGCAGAGGUCAAAGCUUCCCAGUCUGGGGCUAGGACUCCCCUGGGUGUUGCAAAUUUAGUAUUUACAUGAAAGGGAAACAAUUAACAAUACUAAUGCAUAUACUUGUUUUUUUGUACUUUUCUCCACUGUUUGCUUAUUUACUAACUUGACAAUCUGUAUAGGCCAUGUUUGACUUGUAAUUGCCAGAAGACAAACGGUACAGAACCAUAUUAAAAGUGCAAUAGGAUGAGGUUUCCAGGUUUAAAACGUUGUCAUAGGCUUGGUCUGAGAACGACAGUAUUUAUGGUUGCUGUGUGAAUUGCACUGGGAAGGAAAUCAAUAAUGGUUCUGUUACACACACUACCAGAGAGCUAAAUGUAAGCAAGUAGUUACUACAUCAUUAAAUGUAAUAGCAUAAUAUUACUACUCUAAUUGACUGACAUGAGAGUAUAGUUUGCUUUAAAUAAAACUGGAGUCUGAUUUCAUCUAAAGGUCUCUGUGCUCGUUCACAGGAGAAGUGACAGAAUUUGGAAGAUGAUAGAUGAGAAGUCGGGAGAUUCAAACCAUAGCUUCAUGGUUCAUCUAGAGAUCAGAAGCUCAGAACAGAAACUUAUUUAUGUGACUGUGGGAAGACAUUUAAUCAGGCAUUAACAAACCCUCUACUGUGUCAUGUAACCUUAUGAAGCAUGUAGUGUCACCUGUAUGUCGUGUAAAAAAGGACUCACCAGGACUGAGACGUAUGACCAGGGAUUGCUUCACUGAACAGAACUUUUGUGGACAUGUGAGACAUUUCAGAUGCUGGAGCAGUCUGACUCCUUCGACUAUGGAUCGAUGCUUAUUUUGUGGCAGGGUGUGUUUAAACAAUACAGUGAAACACACAGGGAGGUGGAGAGAUCUGAUCCAUUGCCGUGUCUGAAAUCUCCAUCUUUCACUGCUCAUUCACUGCUGCCUCUACUGACACUAGGUAGUGAUUAGCAAAGUGAGACUUUAAACCUUUUACCUUCAUCUUAAAGCAUCAUGACUGCUGUGGUUAUAAUUAUCACACCUAAAAAAUUUGGACCUUAUAAAAUUUUGACUCCCAUUAAUGGGAGAGGACACUGGACUGGGAUUUGAUCAUUAAUCACAUUCGCUCCCUCUCUGUGAAUUGUUAAAAUUUGAUUUAAUGUAAUAAGUUCUUAAUGGAACAAGUUGUUACAUCUUAUGCAAAAUGUUACAUUAGGACUUCAGUGCAACCUGUUUUAUGCAAUAACAUGUCACACAGUAUAUUGUUAUACAUUACAAUGUAAUGCUUUAGGGGCCAGGCUGUAAUUUGCACUUCCUAAUGCUGGUAUUAUUGUUUGCAUGAUUCACACAGUCCAACUAUGCCACCUGUAUUUGUCGAGUAAUGUAUAGAGUUGCCAUGUAAACCAAUGUUUUGUAUACUGAAAUCAGAGAAAUGUCAUCAUCCACCUCAGAAAAAGAACAAAGCCAAGAACCAAAUAUAUUUUCAAACCUAGUUGGCCUAUGGAUUUAUAGAGAGAGGGUCAAUCCAGCAUUCAGGGGGUGACCACUGUGGCUUCCACUGCUCACCAAGCAAAACUAGAGGUAGUCAAGAGUCACACGAAUAACAGUAAAUAAAAUUUAUUUUAAUUUGCUCAGACAACACACUGGUUCCUUAGUCAAAUGGAAAUAAAAUGUGAGCCGGUCUCAGUUCAUGGAGCAGAACUCUUCACUCAUCAGCCAGAGCCAAGUCUCCAUUUCAUUCGGCUCCUGAUGCUGAGGGGAACCAGCUUCAUAAAUAGGGUUGUGUGAUGUGUUAGUGUGUGUAUGCAGUUCAUGGGGGUCAGAGGAAGCGGAGGAGGCUCAUUUGCGCUGCACUUGUGUGAAGGAUGAGGGCAGUUGGAAGGGCUGGACCUGUUUCUUGCGGGAGUCUGGCGACACCCUCUGGACUGCUGUGGGCAGCAGCUGGUUCCGUUUGAUGAUCUGCAGAGCCAGCUGGGUGUUUCCUGAGGAGACAACACAGACAGAGCAGGGUAUAACCUUUCACACUCAGAGGAUAAAUCACCUGUUUGGAGAGCCAAUACGCCAGUAGUAGCAGAAAGCUCUGUCCCAAUCUGUACUUACUGAAUGACCAAAAUGUAGAUUUAAUACUACUCUCUUCAGUGUUAGGUAGGUGAAAACUUGAAAGCUGAUGAUAGAUUCCAACGCGUGUACUUACACUCAACACCUAUGGGCUCCUCUAUCCUGACUGAGGACCAGAUGAUGAACAUGCCACAAUUAUUACCUUAGGUGGUUGUGUUUCCUAGCAGGAUUACGCAAAUUAACUACUUUACCACAUCGGUAGAAAAUUGGUAAAAGAGUGGAUAAGGGCAUCGAGGCAAUAUAUUUUAGGAAUGGAUUUGAUUAAGCAACAGCUCCAGGAUUAUUUUACUUUAACAUGAAGGAACAUGCACUCUCAGUUCAUCAAAUAAAAAUAAAUAACUUGUGACAA